AUGUCCCAAUUAAGUCAGUCCAGUAUUGAUUUUGGUUUGAAUUUCUUAAAACAAAGUUCUAGUUCUCAAUGUGAUUCAAAAAAUAUACUUUUAUCACCGUUAAGUGUUAUUACUGCCUAUUGUAUGGUAUUGGAUGGAGCCGCUGGUGAAACAGAGCAACAGAUCAAAAAGGUUCUCAACUUGGAUAAAAUAAAUGACCAAUCGGAAGAUAUUUCUGGAUUAAUCAAACAGGUUAUUGAAAGCUAUCUGAAACCUGCAACUGCUGGAUCGAGGCAAGAAUCCAUUCUAAAGUUUGGUAAUUUACUUAUGGCCAAUAAAGAUGACAAAUUUCAGAAAGCUUAUGUUCAAAGUCUGAAGACAAAUUAUUUUGCUGAAGCAUUUAAUGAGGAUUUUACUUUUGGCCGAAAAAUAGUGGAAAAAGUAAAUUCUUGGGUUUCUAAUAAUACAAAAAAUAAGAUCACUUCUAUUCUCAAUGAGCCUCCAAGUCCGUUUGAUGUUCUGUUUCUAGUGAACACAAUCUAUUUCGAAGGGGAGUGGUUGAAGUCUUUUUCUCAAGAUCGUACGAAAGAUGAUAUAUUCAACAAUUCAGAUGGAACGACAAUCAAGACCAAGAUGAUGACCAUGUCCGGAGAAAUCUUUAACUAUGUUGAACGACUUGAUAAACAAUUAAAGAUUGUCGAGCUUCCAUAUGUUGGAAAUAUCAGCAUGAUAUUGAUCCUCCCAACUCAGGACAACAAUUUAAAAAAGAUGAUUGAUAGUUUGGACUCAACUGAGCUUUCCAGUUUGAUGGAGUCUAUGAAAAAGACGCGUUUGAAUACUUUAACGAUACCGAAAUUCAAACUGGAAGAUAUCCAUCAACUACACAAAAUUUUACCAAACAUGGGAAUGACGCGACCAUUUAAAAAAGCUGAUGCUGAAUUUCCAAGAAUUACUGAAGAGUCUUUACCAUUAUACAUAUCACAAUCAAUACAAAAAGCUGUAAUUGAAGUAUUUGAAAAAGGCACUAUAGCGACAGCGGCAACUGUAGUUAACAUAAAACUAAAGGGUAAAACUUGUUCUUCAUUCAGAAUGCCACUCAUCACAUUUAUAGCUGAUCGACCUUUUAUGUUCUUUAUUCGUGAUAACAAAAGUGGAGUCAAUCUAUUCAUGGGUCAAUUGAGUAAAAUGACACGCCAACAGUUUCUUUGAAAAUUAUUUUGAUAUUGUACAAGGACGAAACUUAUUGUAAAUUGUUGUAAACAAUUUCAUAAGAAUAAACUCAACAUAAAAUUUACAAAGUUUAA